AAAGGAACUUCAAGCUUUCUACCGAGAAAAGGUAGGAGAACGCGUCGUUUCGUUUCACGUAGAUUUUAUUUGAUUAGAUCGCUUUAGUCGAUCUGGGAGAGAAAUGACAAUGGACAUUAAUACACAGUUACGUAAACUUCCUUAUGGCACACUGAGCAAAUUGGAUCAAUACUUGGAGCUACCUAGUGACAAGGAUUGGAAAGCUCUUAUAGCUGUAAUGCCUUCAGAUCGAUACACACAGGGUCAGGUGGACAUGAUACAGCACAAUGGUGGUAAAAAUGGAACAUCGUGCACCAGUAUUCUAAUACAAGAUCUGGGUAGGCUGUGUGUCACUCUGAAAGAACUGGGAUGGUGCUUGAAGAAGAUUGGAAAUUAUGAAGCAUUAGAAGCACUUGGUUGGCCAAAUGAGCCCGUCGUUAUUAAAACACAGCCAGAAUGCGACCCUCUACGAGAAGGUGCCUAUUUGCUUCUAAAGGUGGAAGCAUUCGGCUAUCCGCUUCCGAGCUACCAAUGGUACCAUAAUGGGAACGAGAUUCCAGGAGAGAUUUACAACGAACUAAAAAUUGAAAAAGUCACCAUGGCGGCAAACGGCACGUACAAAUGCAUUGUCCAAAACGUUGAAAACAAAGUGAGCACGAACGAUGUUACUGUGCGUGUAAUGAGAGUCGGAGGUCAACGAAGACCAGAUCCUUCAGUUAAUUGUAAACCAGAAAUAGUGGUUCAUCCCAUCUCUGCGAAAGUACUUCCUGGUCAACCGCACGCUCUGCACUGCCAGGCGACAGGACAGCAGCCGAUGACUUACAAAUGGUAUAAAGGUGAUCAACCUUUGAUGAACACGAACAACCCAACCUUGGUUUUCCCCGCGUUCGGGGAACAAAACGUUGGUGGCUAUUGUUGCAAAAUAUCGAACGAAUUUGGCGCUGAUAUCAGCGAGGAAGCUGAGCUAGACCUGGAAAUAGUCGAUGGCCCAAGAAAUGCUGCCAGCGAUAAAGUGGCCUUUUUGAUUGGUAACCAAGAUUACAAUGCAGUAUUUCACGAGGCACUUCAGGGCCACGGCCGCCUUCAACACACUAUUGCGGACACAAAGACCCUGGGCUCUUUGCUUCAUCGCGACGACAUGGGAUUCAACGUGCUCUCGUUUGGAAACUUGACGAGGCAAGAGAUGCUGCGAGGCAUUGAAGAGUACGUCAACUUAUUAAGUGAAGACUGCUAUGCUUUCUUCUAUUAUGCUGGACAUGGUUUUGAGUUGAACGGCAAGCACUAUUUGUUACCCGUGGAUGCACCCGCCGACUGGAAACAAGAAGAUGCCAUUUGUGUCCAGUGGAUUUUGGAGUUGUUGUGGAAACCGAAGCCGAAAAUGACUGUGAUUAUUCUGGAUAUGUGUCGAAUAAGUCCUACGGGCAAUGCUAAUUUCGAGCAUUACGACUUCCCGACUGAUCUUCCGAAGAUCGUGUUUGGAUUUGCAACGUGUUCGCAGUCAGAGGCCUACGAAAGAGUCGACGAAGCAAAUGGGAUAUACAUGAAACACUUAAAGAAGCAUGUCUGUCGUGAUGAAAAGAUCGAAGAUAUUCUACAUGCAGUGACCACAGACGUUGAACAGGAUACAUUAGGAUGCGAAUAUACUGAACGUCAGCGCCCUGAAUACAUGACUAUGGGGGGCGGCUAUUACAGUUUGAGGGAUCCCAUUGAAGCUAAUGGCAACCGCAGUGCAGAGAGAUGGCUCCAGGCACACAAGCUACCUGAGAGAAAGAUAAUUGAAACUCAACAAGAUGGAGUCAAACUUGAAGUGAAUUUCGAGCAUUCGGACUGGUUGAGUAACUCAGUUAACAUAUUCGUCAGAGUGGUUGAUCCAGGAGUCUACGAUUUCUGUCACGCUUAUAUAAAAACUGUCUCACCUGAUGAAUUGGAAAUGCAUUUUGAACAACCCAAAAAUAUUAACUCUCGAAGCUGGCCAGACAAGUGUUCGGCUCCGCCAUGCCGUUCUCAGCAUAGUGAACUGUCAACAGGUUCUGUGUUUCAUUUGCAAAGAUUAGAUAAAAACGUGACCUUGACUAUAGCCCUGGACUGCGAGGGAAGAGACGGCAGAAAUACGAAAUACGAAGUCGUAGCAUUCUCGCUUAGGGAUUUUGGUCUGGCACAGAUAUUUGGGAAAGAAUGAUGGUGACUCAAGCGCGCUUCAAAACCUAUCGCCUUACCGUUCAAACUUACAAUAUAAACGACUCAUAAUGUUCGUAUGGGGAUAUCGAAUUUUCAAUUCCAUGCCUUUUAGCAAAUACGAAAAGUUUUAAAACUUUUUACUUAGUGCAAAAUGGGCCAUUGGAUGUACGUAUAGUGAGAACAUAUAAUUUCUUAUUCAUUUGUAUAGUAAAAUGCACGUUUCAGUGCAUGCGUGUGCAAGUUCGGUGAAUUCGAUCGAUCAGCUUACUUUAUUCCCGAAAGAAAAGAGUCAUUGUAGAAUUCUUCUCAAGAAUUCCUCUUCUAAAGAUAUCUUCUAAAUAUUCAUCUUCUAAAGAUAUCUGUUCUGAUUUUGGCAGCAUCGCAUUGCCAUCGGAAUUCAAUUCUCGAUCUACAAAUUUCACAAUACAAGACUUGAAGGUGAAAGAGUUUCUCUUACAAAUAGUGUGUGGUCUUUUAAAUAGCUUUGAGCUAUAUAAGAAUAUUACUGUUAAGCGGUCAAUAUAAAAAUUUGUGACAAACCUCAUUCGUAAUGGUUGAAAUGCUCUCGUAAUUAAGCUAAGGCCCAAAUUAUAUCUCUAAAUAACAAGGUAUAUAAAUUCCGAUUGGCAAUUAUCAUAUGAAUCUCAUUUUUCUUUUCAAAACUAGCUGACAAAAAGUGUUGAAGCCACUCGGAAGUCCUUCAGCAUUCUUUCAAAAAACUUUUUUCAUGUUAAAUUCUUUAUCUUGAGUAUUGUGUUAUACAAAGAAUCAUUUUGAAACAAAUGACUGCACGAAACACUUUACUGGUUCAUUGUAGCAAAAAGUAUGCGGAACCCAUA